AUAAAAAGAAAAACAGUGCGUAAUCUUUACGCCAGUUACUAAAAAGUGCGCAAUCACGUCGCUCUUAACGCUAGUAAAUCAAAUCGCCAAGCGUACAUUCGCGGGUGGUGUUAACCAAUUGAAAAAAUCUAAAAUUAUGGUCGUCACACACAAUGUAAAGGGCUACGAAGAGUUUGCCAAGAAAAUGGAGGAACUGGAAACCGGGGACGGCAACAAUCCGGUUCAUGUUCUCUUUAGCGGCGGCAAGGAUGAAAAUGGCGAGAGCUGGUGUCCAUACUGUGUCAAGGCCGAGCCGGUGAUACACGAUGCUCUGAAGAAGGCUGCGGAGAAAUCCCACUUUGUGCAUGUCGACGUUGGGGAGCGCUCAUACUGGAAAGAUUUGAAUUGCCCAUUCCGCAAAGAUCCCAACACGCACUUGAUCUUUUUGCCCACAUUGCUGCGCUGGAAGUCGCCACAGCGCUUGGAUGGCGAACGCUGCUCCAACAAGGAUCUUGUCGAGAUGAUGUUUGAGGAUGAGGAUUAAAAAACUUUAGAGACAACAUGCAGUUACUUAUACAUAUUUUUAUUUUGGAAUGUUUGCAUACACA